CAAUGGAUCCAUAGCUAACGAAAGUUUCACAGCAUUUUGAGAGAUUCAAGGCGGCGUUUGCGAGGAAGGAUUACGAUACAUGUAGUGAUCUGUUGUCUCAGCUUAAGGUUCUUCUGACCAAAUUCACUAGUCUUCCUCCAUUGUUCGAGAGUUCACCAAACGCAGCUCAGGAGCUUACUAUUGCAAGUUAACUCAGAAAUGGGCCAAGACUAUAGCUACUCUCAGCCUGAUUCAUCAGAUCAGUAUGAUAGGUACUCAGAGGACACUGCGGAGAGAGAAAUAGAAGCUUUGAUUCUUAUGGAUGAAGCAGAGAGUACGUUCAUCAAUGCUGAACCGAGUCAAUACCCACCUCAACCUGAGAUUGAGCAUGGAUUCCCCAAGGUAUGCUACUGUGGUGCUCAACCUAUUCUAUCCAACUGCUACAACAGAAGGUUCUUCACAUGUCCAAAUGUUGAUGAUGGAGAGAUGCAUAUUCACAAGUGGUGGGAUGUGGCUGUAAUGGAGGAGAUGAGAGACAGUGAUAGGCGAUAUGAAGUGAAGGCUGAGAAGGUAGAUUACUUAACCUUCUUCAAUGACUAUGAAUCAGAGAUCAAUCAGGUUAGGGAUCAGAGUUAUGCAACUGAACAGAAAAUGGUUAUGUUAGAGAAUAUAGUUUCUGAGCUGCGUAAGGAAAAUAGGUUUAGAAAUGUAACUGAUUUCCUGGUUGUUGGUUUAAUGGCUAUUGUGGUAGGUCUUCUAGGUAUCUUGUUCAUGUCUACUUAAAUCAGAUUGGAGACAUUUAGUUAGGGUGCUCAUGUAAUAUAAUGACUCGGAUGUUCAUGCUAUGCCUUUGUAAUGACUCUGCUUUUGUAAUGGCCUUUGUGUUUGUACUUGUUUUUACACUAUAGAGUCACAGAUUCUUCAUUAUAAAGUUGA